CCUAUUUCCGCCAUCAAGCUCCAAAUAUGCAGCCAAAAUGAAACCGCUGUCUGCGCUUGCCGGCGCCAUCGCCAGGCGAGCGCGGCGCCCAGCGCGCCGCGCCAGCGGUUUCUUAAAGGGAGCCGCCAUCGUUCUCGUGCUGUGCGUCCUUGAGGCGCUGCUGCACGCAUACACGCUCAGGGUCCCGCGCCCACCGCAGGAUCUCGAUGCGCCGUUCUCCAGGCAAUGUCAAGAUCCGCGCAUCGCCGCGGCGAAGCCGCGCGAGAGUGCCGCGCUCGUCAUGCUCGCCCGGAACUCGGAAAUCGAAGAGGCCCGCCAGACGAUCCAGAACAUCGAGGCCCAGUUCAACCGCUGGUUCCACUACCCCGUGGUGUUCCUCAACAACGAGGAGUGGGACCUGGACUUCGUCCGCGAGCUCAACGCCUCGGUGAGCGGCCAGGCCAUAUUUGACGUCAUCCCCAAGGAGGACUGGUCCUACCCCUCCUGGAUCGACCCGGCCAAAGCCCGACAAUCCAUGUCCCUGCAGCAAAAAGCCGGCGUCUGGAACGGCGGCAAGGAAUCCUACCACCACAUGUGCCGCUUCUACUCGGGCACGUUCUACACGCACCCGGCCCUGGCUCCCUUCAAAUGGUACUGGCGGCUGGAGCCCGGCGUGCGCUACACCUGCGCCAUCACGUACGACCCCUUCGUCGAAAUGGCGCGCCACGCCAAGACCUACGGCUUCACCGUCGCCCUGUGGGAAGAGCCCAACACAUGCCCGUCGCUCUUCCGCGCCGUCGACGAUUUCCGCACCCAACACGACAUCCCGCUGACGCCCACCUGGAACGCCAUGCUCGACACCAGCUCCUGGUCGCAGCAGGUCUGGCCCGUCCGCAAGCUGCUGGGCCUGCUCGGCCGCCCACACCACGCCCGCUCCGGCGCGCGCUGGAACCUGUGCCACUAUUGGAGCAACUUCGAGAUCGCGGACCUCGACUUCUUCCGCGGCGACGCCUACCAGGCGCUCUUCCGGCACCUGGACCGCCGCGGCGGCUUUUACCACGAGCGCUGGGGCGACGCGCCCGUCCACUCGCUGGCCGUGCACCUGCUGCUCCCGCCGGGCAGGUUGCACCACUUCGCCGACUUUGGCUACCACCACGAGCCCUUCUUCCAGUGCCCCGGCAACGCCCCCGGUGGCCAGCUGCCCGGCAACGACGCGCUCGGCGACGCCGCCUGGUCGCCCGAGACCGACGGCGCCAUCGGCUGCCGCUGCCAGUGCCCGGACCAGCGCCGGAGGAAUAACCGCGGGGUCUGCCUCGCCGCGAUGCAGGCGCCCGCCGCGUUCCACCGGACUUCCUGGUGGGACCGCUAUCGCGGGCGGUAUCCUUAUACGAUUAAUCUACCUGCGUGAGAGCGCAUGGGGAAAAUGAUUUGGUGCUUUGGCGUGGGAUCUGACAUAUCUUGUAUCUCCUUCUCCUUUGAUAGACGUCCAAUAUAUAUACAGGUGUGUGGGGUACGCUGGGAACCCACAGGGUCGGGUUGUGUCCUUUGGGAUCUCCAUGAACCGAGCCAAGGAUUUUCGCGUGCCCUUGGCAGACAACCCACCGGAGGAGACAGGGGAGAGAAGACGGGUCAA